GUGGGAACGUUUAACAGAAAGCUUCGUUUUCUCGCCGGAUGGUUUUUAGUUGUCGAACCAACAAGGAAAGCAAGAUGGAAGUGAGGGACGCCAAUGCUGCAAUGCUGAGCAAUUAUGAGGUCUAUCAGCUGCUGACAGACCUGAAAGAAAAGAGAAAGGAGAUGGUUAAAAAUAAGCACAGCACCGGGCAGCAGAAUCUCAACACCAUCAUGUAUGAGACCCUGAAGUACCUCUCCAAGACACCAUGUGUUCAUCAGAAACCAGAGACUGUGAAGGAGUUCCUCACUGCCAUGCUGCCUCACAAGCUCACUAAAGCUGAAAAGCUGCAGCUCCUUAACCACAGACCCCAGACUGCUGUUGAAAUCCAGCUGAUGGUAGAGGAGAGUGAGGAAAGACUGACAGAAGAACAGAUUGAUGAACUUAUACAGAAAGUCACAGACAUCCUGCCUGGUGACCCCGAGAAAGAAGGCGAUGCAUCUGCUGACCCUGUGAUGGAGACAGACCAGUAGCAUCAGUAUAUUCUCUUUAUAACAUUAUAUUAAUGAAAACAUGUUAGCCAUAGAUGGGUAAAUUUAGAGCAAAAAGUGAGGUCUAUAAAGUGUGUAUUUAUUUAACCCAAUGUAUAUAUUGUACUAGCACAUGAUACCAUAUAUAAUUUUGUCAGCAUUAGUAGCUUUUCAAACCCAUUUGUAGUUGCAUUGAUCUUUGUUCAGAGGGGAAGUAUAAUCUUCUGUAGUCAAGACAAUCUCACUUCCUCUAUAAAAUCCUUCCUGUAUUGCUUCUCUUUAAUUUGGUAUUUAAUUAUAUUGUUUUAUCUUCAUUGACCAUUUAAAGGUGUGAACUGAGAGUGAUUGAA